UCUCUAGUCGCUUCCCGGAGAGUGUUCCUCGAGCAGCUCGCGUCGUAUUGCGUCGUGUUUGACGUGCGUGCACCAGCGUAGAAAUCUCGCGGGUCUCUUCGCUUCCAGCUGACAUUUGGACGUAGCGCGGCUCUGGGCAGCCGCGGAGUGAGAGAGACCCGGUGGUCGCCGAGCCGACGAGUCUGCCGACGAUGUCCAGGUCGACGGUGUGCGUCGCCUGCCGAAUGUCGCGCCUCGCGAAAUAACGGGUAACCUAAAAAUGCGCGGCCAACAAAUCCGCCGCGUCCUCGCGUUCGUUCUCCUGUGCCUGCUGGGUGAACGCGCCGCGGCCUCGCAUUGUUAUCCGGACUAUUGUAAGAAUGUGACUAAACUGGUGCCAACACCGGGCUAUCAAUGUGUGUUAACUUCGGUACAAAAGGGGAAAGAUUGCGCGAAGUUCAACUUCGAGGAUGCCGACGAGACUUCGUCCAAGCACGACGACACCGCGAUUUUCACGCUGUCCGCGUACGUCGUGGACUUUGGGGGCUUCCAGAAAGCGACCGCCUUUAAUUUAUCCGUCUCAGACAUCAACUUCCACAGGUUAUUCACGCGUUAUCAAUACAUCGUCGAGCCGGACGAAGGCGUGAACGCGUGCAGACACGUGGAACUAUACGGCAACUCGAGCCACCCCUCGCCCCGACACCUGUUUGUGUCGUGUCCCUUCGCCGGUGACACGUACGAGGGCUUGCCGUAUCGCCUGGAGUACGCAGUGAUGGGCGACGACUUCGCGUACGUCAGGAAAUAUGUCUUCUACGUGCCGCAGCAUAGGCACUUUGAGGACGGUGUCGCGCUCGGCACUCAUGUGCCCUUCAUCUACGUAGAUGUGUCGGACCCGUCGAAUCUGGCGCUGUACAUACAACCGCUUCCACCGAGCUACAACGUCACCAGCUACCGAGCGUGGCUGAUCCGCAACGAGACCAGCUCAGCGGUCAGCGCGAUCUUACCCGCGAACGAGCACGGCGGACACAUACGGUAUAACUUCACCGCGCCCGACGGCGUGUACUACGUGAAGGUAGCGGCGUUGCAUCCCGACUGUGACCAACACGGCUGCGCGAACAGCACGUCGCCGUUUAUACCAAUAAAACAUGCGUCCGACCGACUGUUGAUCAUGAUAAUCAGCAUGAUAUGGAUACCGCCCGUGCUGUUGUACGCGCUCUACCACGCGUUCAAGCUCCACCGCAAGCGGGUCCUAAGAGGCAUAUCGAGGAGACCCAAUUGCCUGUUGAUUUACUCCCCGACGCACGUGGCGCACGUGCAGGUGAUGGAAGAGUUGGCCAAGUACCUGCAAUGCUGCAACAUCAACGCCAUGAUCGACAUACUCAACAUCCGCGACAUCGCCAGUCAAGAUCCGGGGAUUUGGUGCAACAUGGCGUUCCGGGCCGCGGACGUCGUGCUGGUAGUUACGUCGCCGCCGUCCACAUCGUCCUCCUACCCGAAUGUGUACCGCAACGUGGACAAGCACCUGCUGCGACUGCUCAAGGAGAACUACCCGCAGCGGAACAAGCGGUACUACGCGCUACACUUGCCGUACUGCGACGCGGACGACAUACCGGAAGAGGCGCGCCUCUUCAGGAUGUUCCGGGUGCCGCGCGACCUGCGGAAGCUCGUGAAGACGAUCCACGGUAUCGGUUGCCUGCGGUUCCUCUCGCCUCGCGACAACACCGGCAUCCCGGAGAUUCUCUACAGCAUCCAGUUGGCGGCAGACAUGCUGGUGAAAGAGCAGAACGCCAGUGUGGCAAAGAGGAAGACCGAGGAGACUGACGACCUGCUGCCGUCGGUCGUCGUGCGACAGACCGCCGAAAGUCGCCGCGAGUGCGAGCCCGAGCGAGUCCUCCCUACGGAUGAUCCCGACAUCCCCCCGGACGUCGGCGAUGUUAUACCGCAAUCUUUCGCGACGGAUAUCAACGAACUGAAUCUGCUCGGCGAGAACGACGAGAAGGAGACCGCGAGGAGCGCCCACUCGGCGAGGAGCGACUGUGAGUUCCGCAUCGAUAGGUUAAACUUGUAAUUUCUUCUUCGUAUGUGUAAACGUAGCUCGUAAGAUUUGUUUACCGCGAUCGACUGUGUAGAUUUAAGAUAAAGACCGACUUUCCCCAACUUUCUCUAUUAAUUCGUGUCGCGAGAGCAUUUUUAUAUCGAGAGAGAGAGAGAGAGAGAGAGAGAGAGAGAGAGAGAACUUCGGUAUCUCUUCUUCUCUCUCCCCCUCUUCCGUGUCUGAGUACAGAUCAUGUCUCUUAAUUACACGACAGUUCGAUAGAUAAAGUUCACGGAGAAAUUCCUAAAGGCAAGAAUAAAUCUUGUGAAAGAA